AUGACCGACAAGAUCAAAUGGUCUGACCAAGGGACUCAUAGAUCCCGAGAGGACAGCCCAGAUGCCGAGUCAGGCAGGAAGAAACCCAAUGACAAGGAUAGGCAGCCAACAGGGACAAUCGUAGUUAAGCAGUCCAAGAUCCUCAAAUUAAAGGGUAAUACCAAAUAUGUCAAGCAGCCAGAAGCUGAACCAAAGAUUGGCCAAGCCCAGCCAAAGGGCAAAGGAAAGGAGAAGGCUGUGGAAAUCGCCGAGCCUAUGAGAGGGCACAGGCAACUGAAGGCCAAUGCUGAGGAGUACACUCCACUGUGCAAGAGAUGCAUUGGGGAGUCUUGUCUUGUUGUGGUCGGCAGGAAGGGCCAAGCCAUCAAAUCCUGUGCCAAGUGCCACUUCAUGAAGGUGUGGUGUAACCAACUGGUGUUGGUCAAUACUCGGGGUCCUUCAACAACACAGGCCCCAAAGUCACAUCCUCAGUCAAAGGCCGCACCGGCCUCCAAGUCCAAGGCUCAAUCCCAGACAACCAGAGCGACCUCGCGUGUACGUCCACCAACUCCUAUCCUAGAAUCCGAGGACACUGUUGAGGAUACUGAGGCGUCUGUUACCAAUUAUGAUGAUGCCGAGAUAGACCAUGAUACUGACGCCGAGCGGCACACCGACAUCACCACUGAGAUGUCGGUUGAUCCUGAUGAUCAAAUCAUGGUUGACCAGCCUGCAGCCAUAGCUUCUGCAGCCGACUUCUCCGCCAACCAUUGGGUGGAGAACACUGAUGACAUGCCCAUUCCCAUCCCCCCCACCAACUCCUGCAGCCAACCCUCUUUCCCUUCCUUCAGCACCUUUGUCACUGCCAUGCAAAUGGCCGACAAGAAUGCCCUUGCCAGGGUGAAUGCGAUGGAACAAGAGUUUGACACCCACAUCUCUUCGAUGUGUGCCGAGCUUUCCUCCAUGCAGCUUGAUGUCGGUGCCACUGUGACAUUGGUGAAUAGACUUGUCAGCCUGGUUGAGAAGCUUCAGCAGGAGUGGGUCCUCACCAAUCCAUCAUUCUCACCACCAAUACUAAGCCAUGGCGAUGAUUUCUCGGCCACCACAUUUGGCAUGAGGUACUUGAAUGGUGUGUUUGGCCCUUUGGUUGCUCCCAUCCCUCUUUCUAUUGGAGUCAGUCAAACCUCAGCCUCAUGCCCUUCCGGUCAUCCUGAUAUGCAGGGUGGCACUUUCACAUCUGAAUAAGUGUGCUCGGCAUCAGCACACACCAGUCCCUCAUGUGCUCCUGCUGCAGUUGAACAACAUUUUGCUGUUAUGCCACCUGCUUC